CACUGAUAACGUUGUUUUCUGCUUAGCACUCAUCAACCAACCUCACCGCUCACCCGCUCCAGCGACCACUACAGCCCACCAAACACCUCCUUUGCCACCUUUUGAAUGAGCAGCAACACCGCCAACGUGAACGCCGGAAAGUCCAAGACCAAGGCCCCGGCGUCGUCCGGGGACACCAUCUCCAACCUCGGGCCCGCGUUUGACCCGUUCGCCCAGGGCAACGACCCGUUCGCCGAGGCCGCCCCCACCAAGGUCAUUGAGAAGUCGGUCGGCAGCAAGGCCGACAAGAUCCACAUCCGUCUCCAGCAGCGUAAUGGCCGCAAGACGAUCACUACCGUCCAGGGUAUCCCGGACAAGUACGACCCCCGCAAGCUCCUCAAGGCCAUGAAGAAGGAGUUUGCCUGCAACGGCCACGUCGUGCACUCUGCCGACUCGGACGACGAGGACUCGCCCGCCCCGGGCAAGAAGGACGAGCACGGCAAGGUCCUCCAGUUCCAGGGCGACCAGCGUGUCGCCGUCAAGGACUUCCUCGUCACCGCCGGCCUCGUCACCGCCAAGGAGGCAAAGGACCAGAUUGUCAUCCACGGUUACUAGACGCCCAACCAGGAUGCUGGGUCCUUUCAGCCCCACCGGGUGGCCAUGGCCUCUUCACUGCAUCACCUGUUACUAGAUGUCGUUAGUGUAACUGUGUCAUCGAGACCCAUGCAUCAUCAUACGUAUCGUG